AAAAGACAACACAUCUCAACAGAAACGCUUUGUCAUGUACCACACUUUACAAUCAUUAGUCAGCAGUACACACACAGUUAUUCACAUUGUGUCCUCUUGGGCCCGUUUGGAAAUUAACCGGAUGCAGAUGUUUUAAAAUUACAGCUCGCUGCUCUCUCAGACACACACACAUAUAAAUACACACACACACACACACACACACAGUCGGUUCUCGUGUCGUCGAGCUUGUGUCCCUGCUUCCCUACCACCUUUGUUUUUGUGGACAUGGCUGUUAAUAAAACAUACAUUAGUAUCGGCUAUGCCUCGUUUGGUAUGCUCAUAGGGUUUUCUGCUUUCCUGGCGUGGAACAUCGCGUUCAAGCAGCCGUGGACUGCAGCCAUGGGAGGACUGUCAGGUGUGCUGGCACUGUGGACUCUGAUCACUCACGUCAUGUACCUGCAGGACUACUGGAGGACCUGGCUGAAGGGCCUCAAGUUCUUCUUCUUCAUCGGGGUCUUCUUCUCUCUGUUAGCAGUCGUGGCCUUCAUCUCUUUCCUGUCUAUUGCCAUCCACAACAAAGCGUCCCUGACUGACCCUCAGAGCCUCUACCUGUCCUGUGUGUGGAGCUUCAUGAGCCUCAAGUGGUCCUUCCUGCUCGCCUUGUCCGCUCACCGCUACCGCAAAGAGUUCGCCGACAUCAGCAUCCUCAGUGACUUCUAAGGACAUUUAAACAUCCCGCAGUGUCUACACAGACUUUGGAGUACACUAGCUGUGAUGACUUCUCAGCCUGAGAGUCCAAAGGCGAUGGAGUACAUUUUAAGAGGAAUCGGAGGAGAGGUUGAAAUACUUUGUGUGGAUGAGCACCGUAAUCCUGGUUGCUCAAACCUCCUCCUCAUUUUAAAACAAUUAUGUGUGCAGGGUGUGUUGCUGACUUUGCCACUUUACAGACAAAUCCAGCCCAGUUUUAUAUGAUCCCUGAUAGAUUUUACAUUUUUACUUCCUCAGCACCCUGCUUAGUCAUGCAUCUGCACAGCUUUCAUGACAAAAUAUAUCCAAACUAUGGUAAAGUUUUUCGUGACUCAGUGAAGGGAAUCGCCGCGCUGUAACACUCAGUGGUAAUUAUCAGUUGCAGUUUCAUGCUGUAGCCACUAGAGGGUGCCAUCCUUCCAAACAACACCAUGUACAGUGUGUGUGCGUCUCAUCCCGAUUUACAUCUUCGUGUUAUAUUAAAAAAAAAAAUUGGUUCAAUGAACGAUGAAGAGCUGCACAAGAUGCACAGGCAGCGCUCACAUGAUGAAAUCUGCGUAUCACAAUGCAUAUGGUGAAUAAUUGAUUUUAAAAGUGUGUGUCGGGGUCUUGCAGAGGGUAGAUUACCCAAAAAUCAACAUCACAUCAACAUGAGUGCUUUAAUGUCAUAAGCACCACGUGUCCUGGUUUGAUAUAUGUGUGAACCAUGAAGGGGCAUUUUUAAUGUAAAGAAUGAUUUUUGUAAUAUUUUUAUCAGCGUGACAAACAAAAGUAAGUGAAAGUGUGAAGCGGGGUCAGUUAUGGCUUUAAUUCCUGACAGCAGUGACACCACUAGUGUGCAUGCAUGUUGUCUCAGUUUUAUUGUCCUGAUCUGAACCUUUUAUGACAUCGAUAUCGUUGUUAAAUGAGAUUAAGUUGCUGUGUUUCCUUUAUCGCUGUACAUGUUAGAAAUGAAGAAUGGUAUUGUGUAUCCACAUGUUUUACUUGACUGAAUGUCGGAGUGUGUGUUUGUAUAAGAGUGUGUCUGACAGCCAUGUUAAUAAAAUAUGAUUUUUGACAUCC